GACCUAGGGUUUUAAGGAGGGUUUUAGCUCCUCCCCCCUCUCUCCAGCCUGCGCCCCUCUCACCGACCUGCAAGUAUGCCACUGUGUCUAUGUCAUCAAUGAAAUGACACGGUCCUCUUUCGAUUUUCACUCCAAAACCCUAAGUUCUAACCCUAAUUCUCAUCUCGUCCACCAUGAAACCUUUUUCUCCGAGAAUCUUCUUCAUCUUCUUCUCUUCACGCUCACUGUCCACAAACCCAAUCAACAAUGCUGAAUUCCACCACCAUGGCCUCCGAAUCUCUCGCUUCUCAACUUCCUCAAGCUCGUUUCACUCUUCAUCAUCAUUUCCAUCUUCUUCCUUCCCAACACGGCGACACGAGGAAGAGAGCAGGAACGUGAGGGUUUCGGUGUGGUGGGACUUCGAGAACUGCAAUUUGCCGGCCGGAGCGAACGUGUUCAAGGUCGCUCAGGGCGUUACUGCUGCAAUUAGGGCAAAUGGGAUCAAAGGCCCCAUUCAUAUCACGGCGUUUGGCGAUGUCUUGCAGCUUUCGAGAUCGAACCAGGAGGCGUUAUCGGCAACUGGGAUCAAUCUAACCCACAUUCCUCAUGGUGGGAAGAACAGUGCUGAUAGAUCUCUUCUUGUAGAUCUUAUGUAUUGGGUUUCUCAAAAUCCUCCACCAGCACAUGUUUUCUUAAUUUCUGGUGACAGAGAUUUUGCUGGCAUUUUACACCGAUUAAGAAUGAACAAUUACAAUAUCUUGCUUGCUUGUCCCGAAACUGUUCCUAGUGUUCUCUGUAGUGCUGCAAGCAUUAUGUGGCAUUGGAAUGCUUUGGUCAAAGGGGAAAACCUCACUGGAAAGUAUUUCAACCAACCCCCAGAUGGUCCAUAUGGUUCUUGGUAUGGCCAUUAUAGGGUGCCUCUCGAUGAUCCAUUUGCAGUUACUGAGCAAACAGCUUGUUCACGGGCUGAGGAGGUGUCUGAGUCUAAUUUAGAUCAUAAGCUUCGUCCAGUUCCAAAAGCAGUUGUGAAGCAUAUCCGUCAUAUAUUAAAUUCUUACCCCAAAGGGAUCUCCAUUACAGAUCUUCGUUCAGAGUUGGGGAAGAGUAAUGUGAGCAUAGAUAAAGACUUGUAUGGAUUUAAAAAGUUUUCUCGCUUUCUUUUAUCUAUGCCACACAUUUUAAAGCUUCAAUCUGGGGGUGAUGGUCAGUUUUUGGUAUGCAGUGUUGCCCCAAAAAUUCCUGAUCCAGUUGAAUCCACUCCAGGCAUAGCUACUGGACCAGUUACUAACAAUAAAGAGCCAGAUUCUGCAAUAAUUCCUAAUGUAAAUGGUGCAGGCAUGGAUGAAGGCAUGGAUGAAAAACCGUCAUCGCCACCAACCCCUGAACUAAAUGUUAAAGAGCCUCCAACAAAAUUGCAAGAGUCACAAAUUAAGUUGCAAGAAGACUCUCCAGUUGCUGAGAAGGUAAGCAAUGCCGAGGUAACAGAGAAGCAUUUGCGUCCUGUUGAAGAAUGCAAUUCCACAUCUGAAGUGGCAUCUUUUAGAAAGUGGUUGAGGAAAUUGUUGUUUGAUGAAGAUGUUGGUUCUGACAAGAAAAGUGCCAGCAUACCGGGAAAAAAUUCUACUUCUGGUGGUCACACUGAGAAUUCUAAGACACAGGAGAAGUGUGCAAAACCACCAUGCCGGCGUACUGAUCCAGCUGGUUCAACUUCAUUUUCGUCAUCCAGUAAUGUAGUAAUGGGUGGCAUUAGUGGGGGUGGUGAAGGUUAUGGUGAUAAAUCUAGCAGGGAUCCUGGUUUCUUUACACAGAUAAUAAGUUGGUGUAAGUUUUGGAGAAAGAGCCCAAACUCUGAAAAUUUAAUUGAACAAUCUAGUGAAAAAUUAAACCAGCUAACUGUUGAUUCUGGGAAGCAUGAACUAUUCUUGAAGGAUUCUUUCUGGAAUGAAAUGGAAGCAUUUAUACAUACACCUCCCAAUGGUUCGAUCCUUGUCUUACAAUCAAGGAGCAGAGAACAGAUGGUUCAGAAUCUGCAAAAGCAAGGCCCUUUGGUUCUCAGAUCUCUUACUCAAAACGAUCUUCUUCACCUAGUGGACUUGUUGAUCUUAGAGAAGCGAUGGGUGGGAGAGUGCCCCUCCCAAAAUUAUCCUUUCAAACUCAUUCGGCCUGCUGGAAGGAAUUCCACUUUGAGUAAUCCUCCAAAUUCAAAUGGGUUACGAUCUAUCUUUCUAAGCUCAACAUCGGAGUCUAAUCCUCAAAGAUCAGUGGAACAUGAUGGAGAGAGAAAACACCAAAAUCUUACUCACUCUGGAGUUUCUCCAUCUGUCAUUAAUAAGAAACCCUCUGGCAAGUCCAGAAAUGAGAUAUUAGCUGAUUGUCAGAAGCUUGUGGAUGACAUUGUGAAGGAAUACCCUGAAGGGUUCAAUAUGGGCUCUUUUAGGAAACUGUUCCUUGAGAGAUAUGGUUAUCCUCUGGAUAUACAAAAGCUUGGAUACCAAAAAUUGGUGAACCUGUUACAGAUAAUGCCUGGGGUGAAAAUAGACUCUACUUACAUCGUGCCUUGUUUUAAUGUUGCAAAGAGUUCUCACCUAGAAACUGCUGAUCCUAGUGUUCAAGAAAAUAAUGUCAGUGGUGCAAUAGCUAGCUCAGAUAGUCAGGUAUCUGAUGCAUCAAUGAGAGAUGAUGAUCUUGACUCUCCGUGGGGGGAACUUGGGCCUGUUGCCAAAGUAGAUCCCAAGCAAAAUAAAAGGGACAUAUUGUUGUCAAACAGGAGAGCAAAAGAAGAAGCUGCAAGACGGAUACAUCUUGAUUAUGAAACUGUGUCUGAUGAUUCCAUUUCAGAUUCAGAAGAAGAGACUGCAUCUUUAACAGGAGGAUCAGAAGGAGAAGGGAAGCCUAGAACAAAGGAUGAAGAAAGCUCGUUAUUACAGAUUCUGGACUCUUGGUACAGCAAUGGGGAGACCAAUAGAAAGGACGGGUCAGAAAAUGUAGAUGGGAUGGUCGAUUGUUCCCGAGAUGUCUUGAAACCGUCUGAUUCCUCUGGGGCUGCUUUCAAAACUGAAACUCCUAUGGUAAAAUGUGGACGGAAACAAAAACCUUUUAAGAGCUAUUCUUUUGUUUCAGACCAGCUUGUGGAAAACAAGGACAAGCUGAUUGAUGGUAUAUUGGGGAGCUUGAAGAAGUCAGGUGAGUCAAGAAUCCAAGGCUAGAAGGUUUAUUGAGGAGAGUGCAAGGAGGGAAUGAUGCAUACAUGCCUUGCUGAUAAUCCAUCCCUACCUGAAUAGAGCAGUGUUAGUUAUUUACUAGUGGUUCUGCCAAGGAUAAGGCUAGGGUCGCUUGCAAUGCAGGUCUAAUGCUGAGUAGAAGUUAAAAUUUAUUUUUUGGCCUCCAAAUUCAAUGGUAAUACCAUGUUUUUCUUUUUUAA